AUGAACACAAGCAUUCCUUAUCAACAGAAUCCUUACAAUCCCCGAGGCAGCUCCAAUGCCAUCCAGUGCUACCGAUGUGGAGACACCUGCAAAGGGGAAGUGGUUCGAGUCCACAAUAACCACUUCCACAUCAGAUGCUUCACCUGUCAAGUGUGUGGCUGUGGCCUGGCCCAGUCGGGCUUCUUCUUCAAGAACCAGGAGUACAUCUGCACCCAGGACUACCAGCAGCUCUAUGGCACCCGCUGCGACAGCUGCCGGGACUUCAUCACCGGCGAGGUCAUCUCCGCCCUGGGCCGCACCUACCACCCCAAGUGCUUCGUGUGUAGCUUGUGCAGGAAGCCUUUCCCCAUUGGAGACAAAGUGACCUUCAGCGGGAAGGAGUGUGUGUGUCAGACGUGCUCCCAGUCCAUGACCAGCAGUAAACCCAUCAAGAUCCGUGGACCAAGCCACUGUGCUGGAUGCAAGGAGGAGAUCAAGCAUGGCCAGUCGCUCCUGGCACUGGACAAGCAGUGGCACGUCAGCUGUUUCAAGUGCCAGACCUGCAGUGUCAUCCUCACCGGGGAGUACAUCAGCAAGGAUGGCGUUCCAUACUGCGAGUCUGACUACCACUCCCAGUUUGGCAUUAAGUGCGAGACCUGUGACCGAUACAUCAGCGGCAGGGUCUUGGAGGCAGGAGGGAAGCACUACCACCCAACAUGUGCCAGAUGUGUACGCUGCCACCAGAUGUUCACUGAAGGGGAGGAGAUGUACCUCACAGGUUCUGAGGUUUGGCACCCAAUCUGCAAACAGGCAGCCCGAGCAGAGAAGAAGUUAAAGCACAGGCGAACGUCUGAAACUUCCAUCUCACCCCCUGGAUCCAGCAUUGGGUCACCCAACCGAGUCAUCUGCGCUAAAGUGGAUAAUGAGAUCCUUAAUUACAAAGACCUGGCAGCUCUCCCCAAGGUUAAGUCCAUCUACGAGGUACAACGCCCCGACCUCAUUUCCUACGAGCCUCAUUCCAGAUACACGUCUGAUGAGAUGCUGGAGAGAUGUGGCUAUGGAGAGUCGCUGGGAACAUUAUCUCCCUACUCCCAGGACAUCUACGAGAACCUGGACCUCCGGCAGAGACGGGCCUCCAGCCCAGGAUACAUCGAUUCCCCCACCUACAGCCGGCAGGGCAUGUCCCCUACCUUCUCCCGCUCACCUCACCACUACUACCGCUCUGCUGGAGAAAGUAACAUCUACCGGAAACCCCCGAUCUACAAACGGCAUGGUGAUUUGUCAACAGCAACCAAGAGCAAAACAAGUGAAGACAUCAGCCAGGCCUCCAAGUACAGUCCAGCCUACUCUCCAGACCCAUACUAUGCUUCAGAGUCUGAGUACUGGACCUACCAUGGCUCCCCCAAAGUGCCCCGAGCCAGGAGGUUCUCAUCCGGAGGAGAGGAGGAGGAUUUUGACCGCAGCAUGCACAAGCUCCAGAGCGGAAUUGGCCGGCUGAUUCUGAAAGAGGAGAUGAAGGCCCGGUCCAGCUCCUAUGCAGAUCCCUGGACCCCGCCCAGGAGCUCCACCAGCAGCAGGGAGGCCCUGCACACCGCUGGCUAUGACAUGUCCCUCAAUGGCUCCCCUCGGUCCCACUACCUGGCUGACAGUGAUCCCCUCAUCUCCAAGUCCGCCUCCCUGCCUGCCUACAGAAGAAACGGGCUGCACAGGACACCCAGUGCGGACCUCUUCCACUACGACAGCAUGAACGCCGUCAACUGGGGCAUGCGAGAGUACAAGAUCUACCCUUAUGAAUUGCUGCUGGUGACCACAAGAGGAAGAAACCGACUGCCCAAGGAUGUGGACCGGACACGUUUAGAGCGCCACCUGUCCCAGGAAGAGUUCUACCAAGUCUUCGGCAUGACCAUCUCUGAGUUUGACCGGCUGGCCCUCUGGAAGAGGAAUGAACUGAAGAAGCAAGCCCGGCUGUUCUAA